AUGAAUAUUUGUGAUGGUGAUCGUUUAGUUACUUUAAACGGACAAGAUGAACAUUCUAUUAUUCAAGGUAAUCUUCAAGAAACAAUGAUAAAUAUUUUAGAAUUAGAUUUUUUAUUUGAACAAAUUGUUAAUCAACCUUUUGUACAAUUACCAAUGGUAACACCAGAACAGAUUGAAUUAUCUCGUAGAAUUCAACGAUUUUUUACUGAUGAUCUUGAAGCACCUGUUAUAUGCGAAUUAAAUUUUCCAGUUAAUGAUGAUGAAGAAGAAGAAGAAGAAGAAGAUAUGGAUGAAGAAACAAUGAAUCUACAUCAAAUAAAAUUUGAUAUAAAUACUAACUUUGAAGGAAAUAGACUUGAAGAUCUUGCUUUAUCUCAUGGUCAAUAUUGGGUUCAUUGUGCAUAUACUGUUGGUGAUCGUUAUCAUUUUAAAAAUAUCUACAUUGGUUGGGAAAUAGAUGAUCCAACAAUAGAAGAAGAUAUUGAAUUAUUUAAAUCAUCUAUAUUAUUAUCAUCACGUGAAGACGAAGAAUUUGAAGAUAAUAUUGAAUAA